AUGGCAGAACUGCGGGUGGAGUGCGCGCUGGGCAGCGGGAUGGAGGCGGACGAGGGUCCCCCCGAGCCGGCCCUGCCGCCAUCCCCGCCGUCGCCGCCGUCGCCUGCGUCCCCCGAGCCCCCUGCGCUCCCCGAGCCCGAGCUGCCAUCGGAGGCGUACGCGCGGCAGCUGCUGCUGGAGGAGUGGGGACCCCCCGGCGGGAGCCUGCAGCUGCCCACGCACCUCAGCUGGAGGCUCAUCUUCCUGCGCAGGCCGCUCUAUCGCAACCUGCUGCGCUCGCCCAACCCCGAAGGCAUUAACAUCUAUGAGCCAGCGCCCCCUAGCGGCCCAACGCGGAAGCCCCUGGAGGCGCUUGGCAAUUUCCGAGGGUGGUUCAUUAGAACCGAGGCGCUCCAGGCUGACCGCAGCUGGACAGUGAAGCAGCAGUGUGUGGACCUCCUGGCCGAGGGCCUGUGGGAGGAGCUUCUGGAUGAUGAGCAGCCGGAUAUCACCGUCAUGGACUGGUACGAGGACAGUCGUCUGGACACUUGUGUCUAUGAGCUGCAUGUCUGGCUGCUGGCUGCUGACCGCCGCACGGUCAUCGCGCAGCACCACGUGGCCCCUCAGGCCUCUGGGAGAGGCCGUCGUGGUUGCUGGCUCCAGGUGUCCCACGUGUUCCGCCAGUAUGGCCCCGGCGUGCGCUUCGUCCACUUCAUGCACAAGACCAAGAACCGAAUGGAGGCUGGUGGGCUGCUUAGGACCCGGGUGACUGACUCAUCCGUGUCUGUGCAGCUGAGGGAGUGA